GUGCUGCCACACUGGGCAUGUCUACGAGACCGUAGUCCAGCCCCGCAAACCCGCCCACCAUCCUCCCUCUUCCCCCUUCGGAGAGUCUCAGUGAGCCCGCCCGCAGCCAGUCCUCCUUCCCCGGCGAGCUUUCACUUCAGAGAUGGCUGCGAAAGUGUGCAGAUCAGUCCUGCUCUUGUCCCGGAGCGGCGGAGCGGCGGCCGGCAGCCUCCCCGCACUCGUCGCCCCUUCGCAGCGGCACCAGCAGCACGUCAGACCGCAGCAGGUACUCUCGCCUCCGUUCACUCGCCAGACUGUCAGGAGAGCACAUGGUCUCCGGUCAACAGCUCACUCCACACUCUUCACUCAACCUCCCAAUGCCCUGUCUCCACAGGUUUGGAGGGGCUCUGCAUCAUGGCAUAGCCAGAGAAUGUUGUGUUCCCCCGCUGCUUCAAAUGAGGUGACAGUGGUGUAUCAGAACGGGCUGCCAGUCAUCUCGGUUAGUUUGCCGUCCAGGCGAGAACGCUGUCAGUUCACUCUCAAGCCUCUCAGUGACUGUGUGGGAGUUUUCUUGCAACAACUCCAAGCAGAGGACAGAGGCAUCGAUCGGGUAGCCAUUUACUCUACAGAUGGAGCCAGGGUUGCCUCCUCCACAGGUAUAGACAUCCUCCUAUUGGAUGAUUUCAAGCUGGUCAUCAACGACACCACGCAUCUCGUGCGGCCACCGAGGAGAGAGUUGCUGCCUCACGAGGAGACAGAACGGCUGAACGACGUGAAGUUCCUGGUGCAGCAGCUCUACACCACCCUGCGCAUCGAGGAGCACCAACUCACCAAAGAGCGUGAGCUGAUUGGACGACUGGAAGACCUCAACGCUCAGCUCCGCCCCCUUGAGAAGGUGAGGCAGGAGCUGAGUAGGAAGGCGGAGCGGCGCACCACCUGGGUGCUAUGGGGGGGCAUGGCGUACAUGGCCACCCAGUUCGGCAUCCUGGCUAGACUGACCUGGUGGGAGUACUCUUGGGAUAUCAUGGAACCCGUCACCUACUUCAUCACAUACGGCACAGCCAUGGCCAUGUAUGCCUAUUUUGUGCUCACACGCCAGGAGUACUUGUACCCCGACGCCAGAGACCGCCAGUAUCUGCUCUUCCUCCACAAGGGGGUGAAAAGGACACACUUUGACAUUGAGAAGUACAACAAGCUGAAAGAUGACAUCUCUGAGGUGGAAUUGGAUCUGAAGCGUCUUAGGGACCCGCUUCAGCUUCAGCUCCCAGUUCAACAGCUUAAUAGUGGAAAAGAUUGAUGGAAGGAGUAACUUCCCUCUCCUCCCAGCGUCCCCUUUUUCUACCCUUCUCCAACCCCACCCGUCUCCCCUUCCCCUUGCCUUACACCCAAACUACACAUCCGUCCCGCAUCGCCCUCUUCGGAGUGGGACUUUUGCCCUCUUUUCUUUUCCCUGACUGGACCAACUGUUGGGAAUUGCAAUCGAAAAUCACAAGAGCUGAAAAAAAAAAAAAAAAAAAAAAAUGACGGAUGGCAACGCUACUCUCUGAUUGGACAACCUGCAGUGAACCUGAGGGGCAAACAGGAAGUACUACCUUGACACUCCAGGAGAGAGCAUAUGCAAAGGGGACGCCAUUGCUAUGUGUGUGUGUGUGACCUGCAGGCGACACCCAACCUUUGUGAGUGUGAGUUUACACACACACACACACACACACACACACACACACACACACACACACACACACACACACACACACACACACACACACACACACACACACACACACACACACACACACACACACACACACACACACACACACACACACACACACACACUUGUUGGGAGCAUCUAUCCCAAAUAUUAAAGUUUACAAACAAGUCUUGGCUCCCUUCCCGGCUUUGGCUCAAAGAGGGCAUCAUCUUCCUGUGGCUGAACGCUGCUGCCUCUCCACACUUUGGCCACGCCUCCUCUCCAGGCUGACGGACAGCCGUCCUUCCCCACGUGACCUUUUUUGACAGGAGUCCGCCUCGCAGCCACAUCUCCUCCUGCGGCCUGCGGCAAGUAUGAGAGAUAUUCUAUCGACAACAACAUCACUGUGUGUUCUUUUAUUCCAAAAAAAGAAAAAUUAAAAAAAAUAUUUUGGCACUUUUUAUUUUGAAAGCCAUAGUAUAUUUGUUAUGAAGUAAAUAUAAAACUAUAUGUAUACAAUCAAAUAAACCGAUGACCAGAAGCUAGUUGUUUUCCAGUGGGGGGAGGAACAUCAUGUGAAGGAUCCAUCACCUUGCCAUGUACUGUACAUACAUUCAAUACAUCAUAUUAAGUUCCACAAUAACACAUUUCUAUUUGCCUGCAUACAAAUUAAGGGACAUUUUUGUUCGGAUUUUCUCUCAAAAAGGACUUUUCUCCCCCCGCUGUCGUUGUGCCGCCUCCCUGCUCCCUCCAUGGCAAGGCAGGCUAGACUGCAUGCUGUGGUUGUACGCCCUCAGUAGAAAUUGUGAGUGUUAGGAGCGUUUCGAGACAUUUUUCUACUCAAUUGGACACUUCUUUGACUCGUAUAGCUUGUAGUGUGAGGCAGUCACAUCCCCUGAUUGGUGAAAGGAGCCAAAUGGUUAAUAUGUCUAUUUAGGACACAUUUUUCAUGUUUUUUUUGUUUUUUUUCUGUAAGUGUGGGUCGAUGGCCUUCUCUCUGACUCUUUGGUCAAUGCCUCUGCAAAAUAUGAAGGAGUGUUAGGGCUGCACUGAGAAACAGAACAAAGUCAUAUUUUAACAACAACCAAGUAGUAACUUUGCUGGAAAAAAGUGUUCAUAGAAUGAGGAAAGUCUUUUUUCCAUAUUUUAUUUACAUAAAAGUCGUUUAGGAAAAAAAGUAAUAGUAAAAUAGUCAUACUGUAAGGACUAUAAAAAUAAUUUUGGAGGGGAAAAAAAAAAUCUGGGAAAAGUGGUAAUUUUGUGUUAAUAAAUUGUUAUAAGGGGGAAAAGCAUUUUUUCCACAUUUUAUCAAUCAAUAUAUUUAUACUUUAUGAACAUAAGUUUUGCAGAAAAGGUGGCUUGAGAAAAAGACAAAGUUGUAAUAGUUCCAGAAUAGUCAUACUUUGAAGGACAACAAAAGUCAUUCUGUAGGAAAACAAAUAUUAGGAUGAAAUAGUAAUAAGUUUAAGUAAAUAAAUUGUUACAUUGUAAGGAAGAAAUAUUUUUUUCCCCAUAUUUUAUGAACAUAAUAUUUCAAAUUUUACAAAAAAAAAAAGAUUUGAGGGG